CGAGCACCUCCUCAUCAGAGCGUCCACCAUGGGCAAAGACAAGAAGCGCGAGGCCAAGAACACAGCCGACACGCUCGGGAUGUCCUCGACGGAGCGCAUCCUGAAGCGAAUCCAUGAGCUCUACGAGAAGGGUCUGAACCCCGGGUCCGAUGGCUCCGUCGGCCUCCUCUCCAUCGCGGCGGACCCCUUGCUCCAGCUCAAGAUUUACAAGCCCCGCAAGAAGGUGAACGUGAUGCUCAUCGGAAAUCAUAGCGCCGGAAAGUCGAGCUUCAUCAACUGGUACAUCGGGGAGAGCGUGCAGACCACGGGGGUGGCCAUCGAGACCCGCGGGUUCACGUUCGUCACCUCUGGACGCAAACGCGAUACCCUCAAGGGAGACGCCACCUUCGCCUUCUACGACCACAUCAACGGGUUGUCCAAGUUCAAAGGCAUCUCCGAGAACGUCUUCACCGAGAUAUCCACCUCCAAGGACAGGAACUUCUCGUGCGUCGACCUCGUCGACUCCCCGGGACUGGUGGACGGCGAGAUGGAGUACCCUUUCGACGUCACCGAAUCCAUCGUCUUCCUCGCGGACCACGUCGACUUGAUCCUCUGCUUCUUCGACCCGAUCGGCCAAGCGCUGUGCAAGCGCACCAUGAGAACAAUCGAGAGGCUCAACGAGCACCACGCCGAGAAGCUGGCGUACUACAUGAGCAAGGCCGACCAGGUGGAGAAGGAGCACGACAGGCAGAGGGUGCUGAUCCAGAUCACCCAGAACCUGGCGGGUCGCAUCAAAAACUCUCACGCCUUCAAGCUUCCCACGAUAUACCUCCCCCGCGAUGACCUCGCCGUGCCGAUUCCCAACGCCCUCGAGGAGGUGUGCGACGACAUCGACAAGGCCAUCCGCCUGACCGUGCAAAAGAACCUGACGACGAUGCGGGACGACUGCGACGCGAUCGUCGCCGAGAUUGCCAACGCGCGCGAGCUCAACGGCAGACGACGGAGGGAUAACGCGAGCGCCACGGCGAAGGGGUGGGCGCUGAUGGUGUUUGGUUGGGUCGUGCUCGCCACGCUCUUCUACGUCGCCGUGCUGGAGGCGUGCGCGACCAAGCCGGUGACGACCGCGCUCAGGACCCACGCGCUCCCGGCGCUGGCGACGCAGCCGGUGUUCAGAGAUCUGGUCGAGGGUUUGCUGCCGGACGGGGGGCGGCGGUGGUUCGGCGUGGAACACGGCGGCGCGAUGGCGAUGGGCGUCCUCGCGGUGACGUUUUUGAUUAUUCAGUUUGUGAAGUCCAGGGUUUGGAAACUCUCGCCGACGAUGACGAAGAAGGACGCCAAGAGGCUGGCGGGUUACGAGACGUACGUCAAGGAGGUGAAGGCCGUGCGGGAGGAGCUCUACAAGGAGUACUUCAAGCAGAUUCACGACAACGCGUGACGGGAGAGAUUCCAAUUUUUAUUCCCUCUACGAUUUAACGAGACGACUAACUGAUUCUUU